GUCUAACGCGCAUGCGCAGGUCAACACUUUUGUGCAGUUUGUAAGAAUGGCACUGCGCGCUAAAGUCUUGAGAUUCAGUUUGGCUGUGAAUCGUAAUUUACCUAAAACAACUGUUGUCUGCAACAAACGGCACUUGUCUGAAAAAUCGUCCUCUAAUCCGAAAGCAUCCAUUUCUACCGAAAAUAUCGAUCAUGUUCUCUACACAGAGGAACAUUUUGCAUUAAAGUCAUCUUUGAGGAAGAUCAUCGAUCAAGAGAUCAACCCUUAUGUAGACAAAUGGGAGGAAGAAGGGCAGUUUCCUGCCCAUAAGAUCUUCAAAAUCCUGGGAAGUGCAGGAUUUCUGGGAGUCAACAAACCUGUGGAGUAUGGAGGUCUGGGAUUGGACUUCAGCUACAGCUUGGCUGUGGCUGAAGAACUGGGGAACAUCAACUGUGGAGGGAUUCCCAUGGCCAUCGGCGUUCAGAGUGACAUGGCUACACCUGCACUGGCGAGGUUUGGUUCUGCAGAGCUCAAGAGAGACUUUUUGCAGCCCUCCAUAAUGGGAGACAUAGUGGCCUGCCUCGGGGUGAGCGAAUCAGGGGCCGGCUCUGAUGUAGCAAGCAUCAAGACUAAAGCUGUGCGCAAAGGAGACGAGUUUGUCAUUAAUGGAGGAAAGAUGUGGACUACUAAUGGCACACAAGCAGACUGGAUGUGCCUCCUGGCCAACACCAGCGAUGACCCUCCACACAAGAACAAAUCCCUUAUCUGCUUACCCAUGAAUCUGCCUGGCGUUCAUAUUCCACGUAAGAUCGAUAAAAUGGGCAUGUGGUCAUCUGAUACAGCAGAAGUGUUUUUCGAUGACGUGCGUGUGUCCUGCAAAAAUGUCAUAGGGCAGGAGGGAAUGGGCUUCACUUACCAGAUGCUGCAGUUCCAAGAGGAGCGACUCUGGGGAGUGGCCAAUAUCCUGACGAUGAUGGAGAAAGUUGUCCAAGAGACCAUUAAUUACACCAGACAGAGGAAGAUCUUCAAUCAGCCGAUUCUGCACCACCAGGUCGUUCACUUCAGGCUGGCUGAGCUGCAAACAGAAAUCGAGCUGUUGCGCUCACUUUUGCAUCGCGCCACAGCUCUGUACAUUAAGGGAAACGAUGUGACAAAGUUGGCGUCGAUGGCCAAGCUGAAGGCAGGACGACUGGCCCGAGAGGUCGGCGACAGCUGCCUCCAGUACUGGGGUGGCAUGGGCUUUACCAGUGGCGUCCUAGUCAGCAGGUUCUACAGGGACUCCAGAUUAAUGUCUAUUGGUGCAGGAGCUGAUGAGGUGAUGCUGUCAAUCAUAUGCAAGUACAUGGACACGCUACCCAGGAAAUGACAUUACUGAUAUAAAUACAAUGUGAAAAAAAGUGCACUUAAAAUGAAUCUAAUGCUAAAUAUAUAUGGAUUAGUAAAAUCCGUUAUAGUAGCAGUUACAACACAGUUUAGAUGAUUUGUAAUUUGCAGUCAGAUAUUGUUGCCUUAAUGAAGACUUGGUUGAUGAAAACCUGACAAAAUUAUAUGUAACAUAUGUAAAUUCUGAGUAUAGUUGUAUAUGAUUACGUUUGUUAAUAUGCAUGAAAAAAAUUGUUUUCACAGUGUUUGACAACAUAAAGGAAAUGUUUAUGUAAUAAUUCUCUCAAAAAUUACAUUUAUUUACAAACUAGUCUGGAAAAACUUAACCAUUAUGUUAACCAUAAAGAGCAGAGGGGUUUGAGCAAGAACUUCAAAAAAAUAAUACAAAACAUUUCUAAAUUA